UCCAACUCUUUUUCAACCAACUUUUCAAAUCACAUUCAAAAUGCCCCCUAAGGCCGCUGAGAAGAAGCCCUCCACCGGUGGCAAGGCCCCCGUUGGUGGCAAGGCCCCUGCUGAGAAGAAGGAGGCUGGCAAGAAGACUGCCACCGCUGCCACUGGCGAGAAGAAGAAGCGCGGCAAGACCCGCAAGGAGACCUACUCUUCUUACAUCUACAAGGUCCUCAAGCAGGUCCACCCCGACACUGGUAUCUCUACUCGUGCCAUGUCCAUCCUGAACUCCUUCGUCAACGACAUUUUCGAGCGUGUCGCUACCGAGGCCUCCAAGCUUGCUGCUUACAACAAGAAGUCCACUAUCUCCUCCCGGGAGAUCCAGACCUCUGUGCGUCUCAUCCUCCCCGGUGAGCUGGCCAAGCACGCCGUCUCUGAGGGCACCAAGGCUGUGACCAAGUACUCUUCUUCCGCCAAAUAAGCGGCUUCUUUACGUUUUAUUUCCAGCUUGCUUUUGUUUUUACUACCUCUUGAUCUGUUAUGGGCUCUGAGGUGGUCGGUUAUGGGUGUUUUGCGGGUUUCUAAUGCGUCAUGGGAUGGCUUGAAUUUUCUUUUCCCCGAUGGGUGAUUUUUUUUGAAUGGUUACCACUCGAUACGUGAAUGCGGUGUAACAUAACUCGGGUCUGGGGCAGGCAUGGAUUGGCCUCCCCUACUAGAACGCGAAAUUCCAAAUGCUUAAUUGCAUUGCAUCAUGAUUCUA